GUGACAGGGAGCGGGCAGGCCUCCACCACGUCCCGAGAAGCCAGGUUUACGAGAAGCCCCAAGGGAGGCUCCAAGUGGCGUCCGCAGCCAUCUCAGAUCGAGGGGUCGCCUUGGCUGUACACUCUUUACACAAACUUGUCUCCAAGUACACGCACGGGAGAUUGCUCCCUCUAUUCGUUCUGCGGCAUGGCAGCCUUCAAGGCGCCAUGGACCGUGUUUGCGGCGGCGGUCUUUGCCCCCCGCAUGCUCACAGCGGUCUCUCUCAAGACGGAGUCCAGCGCCAACACGACGAACACAUGGGUGCAGUUGUUAGACAACUUCGAAUAUUACGGGGAGCGGAUGCCCUCAUAUGCUACACCAAUGAACUACGGUUCUUUCACACAGUUAAAAGCUGUGUACCAAAGUGGAAGUGGCAUCUAUUGUGAUACGAGCAGAUCGGGUGGCACCGUCUGGCAACAGUGUUGUUGUGGGUACAAUUCUUUCGAGGCCAUGAAGAGUGGAGGGUACAUCGUGUCACAACCCAAUUGGCAUACGUUGCCUUCCAAUUGCUACGCGUCUGGAUCGACCGGAACCAUCUGCAAUAUCAAUUUCGACAUUUCAAGCGGCGAUACGAUUCUCGCCACGUGGUACGAGCCUUCCCGCUCAUCAUCGCUCGGUGACAAUGGCGGCAGCAUCCAGGUGGACUUGUACGGCAAUGGGACGGCAGCGGAUCCUACCGUUUGUUUCGGGGCGCGUGGCAAUUCGUACGGUUCUUUCUACAUCAGCACGGCCGUUUCAGUCUCUAACGUGUUGAUGACAUAUUCCAGCGGUAAUGUUUAUAAUUCGGGGGGGCAAGAGGUCACGAAGUGGGGGAAUUCAGUUUGGUUCGGUGUGUUCAUGACCGACUCGAACAACAACGUAGUGUUUCCCGACUACAGCAACAACGGGAACACCGUUACGAACACGCAUGGUGGUGGGUGGUACACAAUUGCCAGUGCCAGCUCUCAAUCAGAUCCCCAAUUUACGUGGCAAACGACUACAGCGAAGACGUUGUCGGCCGGAGAGUACCGAUUGUGGUAUGGUGAGGAUCUCCAUGGUUUCACAGAGAGUGACAGCGGCGGGACCAUGUGCGCUAAAGUUCAGAUUAACGGUGGUGCGACGCCCAGCCCGACGCCUUACCCGACGCCCUACCCGACAUUUUAUCCGACGCCGUACCCGACGGGCUUCCCGACGCCUUUCCCGACGCCCUACCCGACGCCGUACCCGACGGGCUUCCCGACGCCUUUCCCGACGCCCUUCCCGACGCCCUACCCGACGGCCUUCCCGACGCCCACCCAACUCCCUACCCGACGCCCCACCCGACGCACUACCCGACGGCCUUCCCGACGGGCUUCCCGACGCCUUUCCCGACGGCCUUCCCGACGCCCUACCCGACGGCCUUCCCGACGCCCUACCCGACUGCCUUCCCGACGCCCUUCCCGACGCUUUUCCCGACUGCCUUCCCGACGCCAUUCCCGACGCCCAGCCCGACGCCCAGCCCGACGUAUCCUCCAGGUUGGCCGACGCCACACCCGACGUUCCCUCCUGCAGCUCCAGCUGCGGCCGGAGCUGGCGGAAGCGUGGCUGCCACUGGCGACCCCCACUUUCAAAACGUGCAUGGCGAGCGGUUCGAUUUGAUGAAGCAGGGCAAGCAUGUUCUGAUAAACAUCCCUCGUGGAAUGAGCGCUGAAGACUCAUUGUUUUAUGUGCAAGCCGAUGCGCGCCGGUUUGGUGGAAGCUGCGCGGACCUGUAUUUCCAAGAAGUGAACGUUACAGGGUUUUGGGCAGAAGCCAAACAAGUUGGAGGGUAUCACCACAGCGUAUCGCAAAGUGCGGUCGAGGCUCCGCAAUGGGUUGCGUUCGGUUUGGUCCAGUUGAAAGUCGCGCAUGGACGUGCGGAUAGUGGCGUCCGGUAUCUGAAUGUGUACGUGAAGCGUUUAGGGCUAGCAGGGUUUGUUGUCGGAGGCCUGCUGGGAGAAGACGACAACAAAGACAUAAUGAUUCCUCCAGCAGCUUGCACUAAGUAUACGUCUCUAUCCGCGGGGGGCGCGAUUGGCCAGGCUUCUCCCUCCGUGUCGUCAGUUGCGUUGGCAACUUUCGAGUGAUCUUGCGAGGCGCCUUGGAAGGUGCGUACAGUCUGCAGUCAAGAUGGUCAUGUAAAUAGCGUCGGAAGGGGUCGCUGAUCCUCAUGUCAUGCCUGUUCGUUCAGCGCGCCUCGUCCACUCUGGCGCUCUCAGAGCCAACGCGGUCCUUUCAUUCUUUCAUGCGCCGUUGCUUGCGUCAACUGGGCGUAGGCACUCCAGGCAGUUGCUCCACUGGUGAUCCGUGCGAGCAAUUUGCUAAUUCUGAGAAACUGGACGGUGUCCAUCUACACUUGAUGCUGAAUGUUCAUGUGUUGCGUCGGACACUCGGUUGCACUAGGAAACCUGGAGGUUUUUGUUUUCGCGUAUGUUCUUUGACGUUCGUCUUCC